AUGUCGUCAAAUGGCUCUCGAAAAUAUAGCAUACAUGAAAACCCCGAACUUUGCCAGAGACCUUCUCUUUUAUAUUCAUCAAAACCAAGCCGCAAAUCCUUGCCCAUUGAUUUUGUUCUUGUUUACACUAAUAAAACAACCGAUAAUGAUCAACAACCGAAUAAUGAUGGACAUCCAAUAAUGAGUAUAGCUGAACAAAGAUAUAAAUUUGAGCACUAUCUCACUAGUAAACAAGGGCUUAUUCUUGAACAUGCGAAAGCAUCUACUGGCCAGACUGAAUAUGUUAAAGUUCAUGCACCAUUUGAUGCUCUUUUAUUAAUGGCAGAAAAUUCACGAAUGAAAUUACCAUUUGAAGAAAUAAAGAAAAACAAAACACAUCAUUCAAGAUUAAGGGAAUCAUAUUGGUGUCGUUUCAUGAAUUCGAUUAAAAAACAAUUUCUUCUCGAUUCAUCAAUAUCGCAAGAUGAUAUUGAUUAUUAUAAAGCAGUAUAUUCACCAGAUAUCGAGCAAUUUCGAACUUUAUUUGAUAAAUUACGUGGUGGCUCAAGAGAUUUCUAUUUUACACCGGGUGAAAGAAGUCUGUUGACAUAUGAAUUGUUAUCAAAAGAACAUUUUGAUCAUAUUGAAGGCAAUGUUCAUGUACAGGGAUCAAUAGCAAGACCAGAAGCUUUGGAUACAAUUCGUGCCUUAGAAUCGAAUUUACAACGACCUGGCCUUGAUCGAUUAAUAGCUCGUAGAGUAUAUGAUACUUACUUUCCUUUACAUGAGUCCAAGGCGUUACGAAAUAAUGUGACAGAUGCUAAUAAUAGAGAUUUAGGCGAUCGAGAAAAACUGAAAAAAUAUUGGGCAACAAUGCGUCAAUUUUUAAAAUUUCAACCUUUAUUAUUAGUUCGUUCGUAUAUGGGGGAAAAAAUUGCAUUUUAUUUUGCAUUUAUUGGUUUUUAUAAUCAAACACUUAUUCUGCCUUCGAUCGUUGGCAUUAUUAUCUUUAUUUAUGGUGCAGCUACUGUUGCGACGGAUCAGCCAACAUCUGAUAUUUGUGGAAAUUUUGGAAACACAACAUAUAUGUGUCCACGAUGUGAUAAAGAAUGUCCAUUUUGGAGACUAAGCGACAGUUGUAUUUAUUCGAAUGCUUCCUAUGUAUUUGAUAAUGCAGCAACACUUGUUUUUGCUAUAUUUAUGUCGAUAUGGGGAAGAUUGUUUGUGAAACUUUGGAAACGUCAUCAAGCAGUCUUACAAUAUGAUUGGGUAGAUAAUAAAUUUGAAUUAAAUGAAAUACUUAUGUCGUUUUUAAUUAUUACAAAGGAUUCAAUUGACUUUCAAGAACAUUUUGAACCUAUUCGACCGAAAUUUGAAAAAGAAGCACUCAAAAAAGGCCUAAAGACGAAUAAUCCUGUUACAAAUGAAAUAGAAUCAUCUAUACCAAUUCGCAAACGUGUGCCAUUCUUCUUAAUUACAACUAUUGUUGUUUUAUUUACGAUUUCAAUUUCAUGUACCACUCUAUUUGCGAUAAUUGUCUAUCGUGUUCAAAUGGGAUUUAUUUUGAACAACACCUCGGUGCAAGCGUAUUCAUCAAUUAUAAUAACUGUAACCAGUGCUAUUAUGAAUCUGAUUUGUUCGAUUGCCUUAUCUUUGUUAUAUUAUUGGGUUGCACAAAAAUUAACUGAUCUCGAUUUAGAAUGUCAUAAAUAUCAAUCAAAAUAUGAUGAUUCAUUAACAGUAAAAAUAUACAUUUUCCAAUUUGUCAACUAUUAUUCAUCAUUAUUUUACAUAGCUUAUUUUAAAGGACGAUUUUUCGAAUACCCAUCAAAGUAUGGCGAACCAAAUUCAACAGGCUUUCAAGAACAGUGCGAUCCAGCUGGCUGUUUUGUUGAUCUUUCUAUUCAAUUUGUUGUCAUCAUGACUGGUCAACAAAUCGUAAUUGGUAUAGUAGAAUUCUUUAUGGCAAUGUUCGGCACUAUUAAGCGCGCAUGCUGCAGCCGCGAUGACAGCACAUUAGAGCAAUGGGAAAAGGAUAGAAAUUUAUAUGAUCUCAAUUCAAUAGUAUUAAUUGAUGAAUAUCUUAAAUUAGUCAUUCAAUUUGGUUUCGUUACUUUAUUUGUUGCCGCUUUUCCAUUAGCACCUUUAUGUGCAUUGAUCAACAAUUUAAUUGAAUUACGUUUGGAUGCGUGGAAAUUAUUAACUAAAUAUAAACGACCUCUUCCAUUUAAAGCAUCUGAUAUCGGAAUAUGGAACGACAUUAUUGCAGCUGUAUCACAUUUAGCUGUCCUAACAAACGCAGUAAUAAUUGCUUGGACAUCGGAGUUUAUUCCGAAAAUGUCUUAUCGUACUUUACAAUCAACAGGAAUCAGUUUGGUUGGUUAUGUUAAUUGGACACUUUCAUAUUUUCCUAUAUCAGAUUAUAAUGCAACAGGUUUGAUGCCAUCGGAUGUACCAAGUGAUCUUGCGUAUUGUCGCUAUCGAGAUUUUCGUGAAUCGAUUGGUCCAUAUUAUUCUCACACUACUGUUUAUUGGAAUGUAACAGCUGCUCGUCUUGCAUUCAUUCUUGUUUUUCAACAGCUCGUCUCCUUUAUUACUUAUCUGAUAGAAUGUCUUACAUCGGAUGUACCAAAACAUAUUAAAAAGAAAAUUGCUCAUGAACGCUAUAUCGAAGAACAUGCGCGCUGGACAAGUAAAAAGACUGAAGAAAAUUUUAGAAACGUUGUUAGGAUUUCUCGAGACAUACCAGAUAACAUGCAACGAAAAUAUGGUAAUUCAGAAUAUUCUGAUGAGAUGGCAUCUCCUAGAGAUAUUAAUUUGUCUGCUACGGAUAUUUCUUCAAAUGAUUUUGUUGAAUUUAGCAUUCUCUAA